AUGGUGAGCGAUUUCAACUCCAGAGUGGGGAAAGCUUCCAGUAGAGGACAGGCGAUCGGGCAGUACGGGGAAGACAAAGUGAAUGACAACGGAGUGAGGAUGCUUGAAUUCUUCGGAAGCAACGAGCUGAUGGCGUUGAACGGUAGGAGGGAAUGCGAUAAGCCGGAGUUCACCAGACAAAGGGCAAUUUGCAAUGAAUACUCGAUCCUCGACUACAUAUUGGUAGAUAGGGGGAGCACACAGAUCCCAGGGCUGCACGUAGACGUACAAGCAGCAGGGGGCAGGGUAAUUGAACUCCGGGAGUCCAUAGUGAACACAACGGCAGCGAGAGUAGUGGGAAAGAAGGUGGGCUACGAGAAAACAGGUGAAAGGACUGGUGAAAAUAAGAAAGGGUGCACUUGGGACGAAGUAGUGCAGAAGGCCAACGGAGGCCUGGAGGAGAACGUCACGCAGAUGUGGGAAGGGAUUAGUGGAAUGGCAAAAAAGACCUCGCAAGGGGGGGAUACAGGGGUAGAAACUUUGCGAGUUGUGAACGGUGGACUAGUCAGCAGUGGGAAGGGAAAAAGGGAAGUUCUAGCAGGACAUUACAAGAGACUUGGAGUGCUUUCGGAGAAUGAAGCUUUUGACCAAGUAUUUAAGAAGGAGGUGGACUCAUGGGCCCAGAAAGAAGAAGAGACGUCCGAGGCAGACGUUGGGAACGCAGAACUUGAAAAGGAGUUCACUGAGGACGAGGUUGAGGCGUGUGUGAACAAGCUGAAGUGCCACAAAUCAGCAGGAGCGGAUGGGAUGGUCAACGAGUUCAUGAAGUUUGGGGGGAAGGGGAUGAUCCAGCUGAUGGUACUGCUGUACAAUUGGGUGUGGAAAAAAGAGUAUGCGCCAAGUAGAUGGAGGCAAGGAGUGGUUGUGAACUUGUUGAAGAAAGGAGACAAGAAUGACCCAGGAAACUACAGGGGGAUCACACUGUUGAACACAGUAGGAAAAGUGUUCUGUAUGCUGCUGAACGAUAGGAUAGUGGGAGUAUUGGAGAAGGAACAUAGCAUUAGUGAGGGCCAGGCAGGUUUCCGCAAGAAGAGGGGGUGCGUAGACUACGCAUUCACAGUAGGAAGAAUCAUCCAAGGUAGAAAGAGGGCGGGCAAGCUGACGUACUGCUUCAUCCUGGACGUGAAAAAGGCAGACGAUACCGGGAAAAUGUGGAGAGUGCUGAACAAGAUGACCGAGUGUACGAAGAGCGCGGUCAUGGUAGACGGAGAACUGUCUAAAUUCUUCGACAUUGAGCAGGGGGUUCCACAAGUCCGGAAGGGAGUAAUAGUAGGGGACACGGAAACUUCGGUGUCAGGAAUGCUGUCUGCGGAUGAUUUCAUCGGUAUGUCGGAUACCCCUGAGGGACUGCAACUGCAAAUUGACGCGGCGNUCCAACAUUGUUCUAGGUGUUCGUCAACGAUCUGUUGGAAGUCGUAG